UACAUAUAGAGAUACAUGUAGAUGUAGUUGAGGUUGUCGUGUCUUAUUUUUGCAUUCGUAUUGGGUGGAAAACAGAGUGAUGGUUUGUGAGGAAUCUCCAUUAUUGGAGACUGCCCCAUCCUCGGAGCUUCUCGAAAUCGUCGCGUCUGCUGAUUCAUCUCCUUCCACUGACGAAUCUAGCUUUCGUGAACUCGACGAUGCAUUCCUGCAGACUCAAACGAGAAUUUGGCUAGGAGAAGUAUUGCAGAUAAGAUUAGAGGAGCAACUAAUUAUAUCAGAACUACUUGCUGAUGGAGAAUUGCUGUUUCAAGUGUCAAAAGUGGUGUGGAAAUUGCUGUUAGCAAAGCAUAUGGAGCUAAGGCAUAUAAAAGUAUACAAAAGCCAGCCAUUUGCUUCUAAGAAGACAGGCGGGAGAUAUAGGCCUUAUUCUAAUGUUGAUUCAUUUCUGAAGAUUUGCAAGAUCUUGGGAUUGACUGGCGUUGACCUCUUCUCUCCAUCAGAUGCAGUUGAGAGAAGAAAUACUCGUAGAGUUUGCAUGUGUAUACGCUCAUUCUCCAAAAAAUCAAGGUCUAUGAAUAUAAAUGUUCCAGAUUUUGAUAUCGUGACUUGCAUGGUAGCCAUGCCCAAGGAUUUGGUGGGAUGCAUCCGCAGAAACAUAGAGCUGUCUCACAGCAUCCUUGCAGAUUCUUCUAAUUAUUACUCACAGAAGCAUGCGAGAGGAAAAUCUAGACAGGGUUACUCAGUUACAGGCUCCACCAGAGACUACAAGACAUACUCAGACCAAUCUGAUGACACAAAAAUCAAGCAUCCAGUACAAUUUGAUGAUUUGGAUGAUUAUACAUCAGAGAUAAACUACAAUAUACCAUCUUCAGUGGUUGAAGGUGUUUUCAUGCCAGACGAUUUAGAUCAAGUGGAUAUUCAAGAGAGAAAUGAAAAUUCUAAUGAUGAGUUUGAUUUGUCAUAUUCACUGGAAUCAUUGCAAUAUCAUUGCUCUCAGGAUAUAGAGCAUGAUUGUAAGCUGAGUUGGUCAUCAUCUCCUUGCGAGAAUUUAUAUAUUGACUUUAUUGGUACGACAUCUAAUUUAGAUACUAGCGACGAACGAGUCCAAGAAAGUAGGAUUAUGGACUUUGAUUGCUUUGAGCAUGUGUUGUUAAGAAAUAAUGCUUCUAUCAGUGGGACUCCUACGAAUGACAAAACACCAGUUACAAGAGAUGCUAGCUCGCAUGCAAAAGAUAGAAAGGAACUUCAUUUGUUUCAUGAAGAAAAUAGUACACCAAAUGUCCAUCAAAGUGCUAGCUCUCAUGGUUCGAACCCAACCCCACUGACUAUUCGCAAUGGUAGAUGUUUUGAAAUUGGUGAUAAUACGGAGGUUCUGCAAGUAGCUGGCAUGAGGUGUUUGUCAAAGGUAGCAUUGAACUUGGGAGAUCAAUUUGAUGCAGAGAACAAUCUCCAGAACAUUCAGUCUUUUGAAUUACAUAAUGUUAAGAGUUAUCAAUGGGACAUGAUUAAAGAAGAAUAUGAAUCUCAAGACAUAAUGAAAUGUAAGGAAAUGGCAUAUGGUAUCACUUGUAAUGCAAGACAUUCAUAUUUUGUAAAGAAAUUUGAUGAAGCUGAGCUUUCAUCAUAUUCUCCUGAUUGUUACUUUCGCAAUACUAAUUCUUCAGAUAGAGCUGUACCUCACAGCAAUGACAUUAGCUCAACUAUACUGAAAAAGUUUAUGACAUAUGAAGACAGGGAGUCUCAAGUUGAUUUGAAGUGCUUGGAUAAUGCUAGUUGCAACCAAUCUGAGGAGUUUCUGUCCUGUCACUCUUAUUAUUUGCCCGAGUUUUGUAAAUGGGAUCGGAAAGGAAAAUGUGCUAUGACAUCACAUGGAGCUAAAGAUAACCAAAGUUCCUCAUGUUUUUUGGAGAAUGGCUCACCUGCGGAAACUACACCUUGUAAACAAAAAGCGUUUGAAGUCUUGACGUCCAAGGUUAUUUUGUCUGGUGUACCAAAUGAAGAAGAUUUACUUAAUGCAGCUGUUAUUAAGUUGGGAACUGAUAGUAAAGAGCUAAAAAAUGAUCGUCUGGCUCUUGCAUCAAAUGCUCCACGUGUAGAUGACAGUGAAAAAUGUCCCACUCUUGGUGAUGAUGUUAAUGAUUUCAGUGGCAAAGGUGGCACAACUCAAGACAUGGUAGACGGCAGUCAGAAAGUGCUAGAUAUGAUAACCAAUAAUGUUGUAGUUCCUGCCAAUAGUGAUGAAGAUGUAUCUCGCACUGGAUUCUGCAUAUCAAAUCGAAGCUCAAAAAUUGAAUGCAAUGAUGGUCAUCAAGCAUGUCCAUACGACAAGGACCCUGUUUACCAUUCAGAACAUACUUGUUUGGUGCAUGUUAAAGAGGAAAUAAAACCAGAAGAUGAGAGCGUGCACUCCUUAGAAAAUUUAGUUGAAACAGAAGAGAGGGAUAUAGAAAUACCAAAAGGAAAACCCCAAAAGAAGCUACUACUAAGAUCAGUCGUUGGUGGUGCAGCUGCUGUUGGUUUGUUAUUCAUGUUUCUGCACCUAAGGAGGAAUGGCGGAGAAAAAGCUGCACAACCAAGUAAGGCAUCUAGUCAUAAAGGCAAAGAGAAGAUUCAGAAAUAUUCACCUCGGAAAGUAAAGAGGAUAAGUACAACAAAAGGGGUAUAUUCAGCUGAAAAGCUCAAGUUAAAGUGAUUAGGAUUUCGGUCUAUUAUAUAUACAUAUAACUAUAAAGGUGAAAAAAAAAAAAUACUAGUGGUUAAAUCUCUCAGAUGGUCAAGAAACUCCUCCUGUAAUUACAAUUUUUCCACGCGAGGCAACAGACAUAAACUUCAUAUUUAUGAGCUUGAGUGCUUGAGGGAUGUAAUGGCAAAUUCUAGAUACUACUUGGUAAGCUCGUACAAUUAUGAAAGUAAGUUUCAUAUUAAUAUUG